AUGCUUCCGGUUCGUGGCCUGCUCCAUGACGUGGUGUGUCCGUCUUUUCGUGAUGGCGAGUGUGAGAAGAAGCGUAUAGGCUGCGUGUUCUCUCACGAUACGUCAUUACUGCCUGUGCGACCGCACCAGCCUGAGCCGGAAAAACGCCCGGUAAAAAAACCGCGCGUGGGGAUGACGGAGCCGCCUCGUAUCACGUCGGCGCAUCACUCAUCCACGUCCAAAUUGACUCUCGCACAGCGUCAGGAUGGCUUGAAAAAGAUGUAUACCAGCCUUCGUCGCUUCUACGCGCCAUUAUUCGACCAUUCUGAGCCUGCUCUUCAACACCUCGGGGCUGACAUGGCUACGAAUGAUGCUUUGCGCAUGGAACAAGACGUAUUUCAGCAUGCGAAUGAGUUUUCAUACAAAAGCUCGAGUAUCGUAGGUGCUGCGAGUGUAACGAAGCGCUCCUCCGAGGUCCUGGCGGCGUCCGUUGCCGAAGCUGCGCAGGCUCUUUCUAUCAAUAAAAAUGCCACGGAUGAGGCUGCAAGGAUUCUCGAGGCAUGCACCGAGACGGGCACGGAAACCGAUGUUCGGCUCAAGCGCGAGUCGCAACAGCAACGUAAAAAGGGGCGCCUUACGCGCGAGCGGCUUGUCAAGGCAGGCUUUCUUUGUCCCAAGGGUGACCUGGAGCAGCUGGGCUAUCUCAUGGACGUGCCCAGUGAAUGGGGCCCCGGAGGCGAGGCAGCGGAUGCCAGUGGCGAGAAGCAGACCUGUGUACGGUGCGGUGUUGUGUUCAAGGUCGGGCCGCUUGGAGCUGUACAGAGUGCUGAGGCGUGUCAUUUCCAUCCUGGGCGUCCGCGUCGUGAACGGCUGGGUGAAACGACGCGCUCUCGAAAGGUAUUUCGAUGGACAUGCUGCGGUCGCACAGCCGAUUCUAAUGCGCUAGGUGAAGAUCGAUGCGCAACUGGACCGCAUGUAUUCAAAGAGGAAACACCACAAGCGAUGCAUCGGCGGGCAGGCUACGUCCGAUGGUCCGAUAUACCCAGCGCGGCUCAAGAGGCAAGCGAAGUACUCCCUGUAGCCGCUCUUGACUGCGAGAUGAGCUAUACAACGGCCGGCAUGAGUGUCACACGCGUCACGCUAGUGGACGAGACGGGCGACGUUCUAUUUGACGAAAUGAUCCGAUGUCCAGAGGGGGUAUCAAUGAUUGACCUAAAUACACAGUUUUCCGGUAUACAAGCUGAGGCGUACGAAGCAGAAGCUGUCUUUGACUUGGACAGUGCACGCAAGACCCUGGCACAAUACAUCGGUCCGCACACAAUUCUCAUCGGACAUGGCCUCGAAAAUGACUUGCAUGCCCUACGGCUCUUGCACACAAAUGUCGUUGAUACGUGCCAACUCUUUCCCCAUCCACGCGGCCUGCCCUUUCGUCUCGCACUCCGUGACUUGGUAUCACAGCAUCUCGGCAAGCUCAUCCAGACGGGUGGCGCGAGUGUAGGCCACUCGUCCGCAGAGGAUGCACAAAUGACGCUUGAGCUGGUCCGCUGGAAGUGGAUGAAUCGGUACACUUAA